CUUCUUCGAAAUAUCGAUCAAUGCUUUCAUUGACUUCUUCAUUGAUUUUGAUCGACUAUUCACUCUAAUUCUCACCCCUAACCCCUCCUCAAAUUUACCUACUGCUACCUUAAUAAGUUGUCUCUAAUCAGACAGCCCAAUUAUUAGGAAAAGCACUAAACAACAAUUGCGCUCAAAAGAAAAGGCAUCAUCAGCCGAUUGAUUCUUGCUGGAGUUUGUUUGUGUUUGACAGCUAGCGGCUGAGUUCCUGAAUAUCAUCUGACGAAGUUUUUGGUGAAGCCCCGAUUAGAGAAGGCAAGUGUGGUGCUUUCUUGUCCAUUCGGAUGAGAGACAUGGUCAUUCCUUUUUUCUUGGCCCACGUCAAUGUCAUCCCUUCACUUAACGGCAUUUUGGACAGAUAACGGAGGGUGAUUAACAGAUAAUGUUAAAACAAUGCUGCGUAAUUAAAUUUACAAAUUCUAUAGGAGAAUGACUAAAGUGAAAGUAAUGAUAAAGAUUAAUGACCAUUUAUAUACUUUACCCUUUACCUUUUUGAUUGAAUUUCAUCCAAACUCAAUUCUUCGAAAUGACAACAUUUAACAAGGGCAAAACAUGCAAAUUAGCCCUUCAACUCGCUGAGUGGUGGCAGAAUAGCCCCUCAACUGCAUUCACUCGCAGACUAGCCCUCCAAUUUGCAUCUAGUCGCAAAUCAACCCUUCUGACGACCAUGACUCUAGCCUUUAGUCAAGCUGACGCUUCCUUUGUGCACCCUUUAGUGCUACACUCUAGCCAUCAUAGGUAUAUGGAUAGGACAUGUGACCUCACUGUUACCUAAAUGGUUUUAGGAAUUCUUCUCAUUGUUGUUAUGAUGGAAAUCAGGAAGGAUAGAAACAGAAGAGUUAUUCUAAGACAUUUUUAAUUCUGAUAAGAGAAAGGGAAAGUUCCCUUUCCUCUUGAAAGGAGUUUACAGGUGCAAGGUAGAAGGCUUUCAAGUAAGAUAUUUGGAUGUUCAAAUAGUUGAUACUUGUUACAGCUUGUAAGAGGCUUUUUAUAGCGCUCCUUAGAAUCUUUUCUUUUGUCAUUACUGACAUUUAAAGUUUACAUUAUUGUUUGGUGAUCUAGACUUACUUCUUUCGUUUACUAAAAUAGACUAUAUGGAAUCCUAUAGACACUCUUCUUUCUUUUUAUUGACGUAAGAGCUUAUGUCUUAUUGGAUUCUUUAGAGGAUGAUGAGAUCCUCUUCAUUGUCUAAAGAAGUGGUCCCUUCAUCACAUGCUACUUCAACAUUUUCUUUGGUAGAUGCUUUUUUGUAGUAGAAAUCACAGUGGUUGUCAUGCUUUAACAACUUGCAGAGUCUAUUAUGGACUGCUCUACUGGCUGGAACCAGAUUUUCAAAGAUUUCUUUUCUUUUCUAUUUUAUUUAACAAGUUUAUGCUUGUCAUCAAUCUUCCUCCAAUGGAUAGCACUAAAAUUUCAUUGGAGAAGUCAUAAGUCCAUGUUUUCCUCAUGUCUAUCAUUCUGUCAAAGGUCUGGACUAAAACCUUGAAUCUUGGAGCUCUUCUUUCUUGGAUGAACUUAAUUCCAUAGAGAGAUUCUUCAAAAUCUUGGAAAAUUUGAUCUUCAUUUGCUUCUACUUUAAUCUUCUUGUAUUGAACUCCAAUUUGAACUAUAUGGGGAUUGGGAAAAUAUUGGGACUUCUUGCAUUCUGGUGCUACAGAGUAGAUCUUGACAAAUACUACCCCUUAAGCUUUGGUGCCAAUUUUGAAGUAUU